AAUUUGGGGAUCUCAGAAGAUUGUCCCUCGGGUCGCACCGUACGUCCUCGCACCGCUCUGUAACAACAGCUAUCAGCGUCGACUGCUGAACCUCUACCUGUCAACAUGGUCAACGUACACAAAGGUGUCCUUGUUGAAUGUGAUCCUGCCAUGAAACAGUUCCUCCUCCACCUGGAUGAAAAAAUGGCCCUGGGCAAGAAGUUCAUCCUCAAGGACCUUGAUGAUACUCACGUCUUCAUCCUCGCAGAGGUGGUCCAGACUCUGCAGGAGAGAGUGGGCGAGUUAAUGGACCAGAAUUCAUUCACCAUCACGCAGAAAUGACAAACGUCUUCCUUCUGGAACCGGGGACCGUUUAAGAGUUUGUUGUUAAAUGGCCAAUGUUUGCAUUGUUUUAACUGUAGACCAAAAUGGCACUGUUUUUUGUUACAAUAAAUGUGAAAAGUGUGACCUAAA